AUAACCUUGAAACAAUGCAACGAAACCGACAUCCAAGUAGUACCCCUCCUCUCCACGCAUAACAAAUAUCACAAUCCUCUGAGGAGAUGGCGGAGAUGGAAAUGCGGUGCGGGUAAUUUGGCCUGUAGUAGUGCAGUGAUAAAUAAUCACACCGGGGUGGGAUGACGUCGGCGGUUUAUCCCCCACUGAAAUUCCUCAACACAACAACACCAGCAUCAACAAUCCCCAUCAAUCACCCGCAUUACCAUCCCAGAGAACGAAGAAAAAAUGUCCUGGACGCAAAAAACCCUCACCCUCCCCUCCCGCUCACGCGGCAGCUACCUCAUAACCGACGAAAUCGUGUCCUCGCUCCCGGAAAUCAAGAACUACAAAGUCGGUCUUCUGCAUCUGUUCAUCCAACACACGAGUUGCGCGCUCUCCCUCAAUGAGAACUGGGAUGAUGAUGUACGCGCCGAUAUGAGUGAUGCGUUGGAUCGCAUUGCGCCGUAUGACAAGAAGGGAAAUCUUUAUAGACAUUCGGCGGAGGGGGAGGACGAUAUGCCUGCACAUAUCAAGUCGGCGUUGAUUGGAGCGUCAGUUACAAUUCCCAUUACGAAUGGACGUUUGGCAACCGGAACAUGGCAGGGUAUUUGGUAUUUGGAGUUUAGGGCUGCGAGACACUCUAGAAAGGUGGUUGCUACUAUUCAAGGAGACAAGGCUUAACAUCUUGCCAUAGGGUAUAUGGUAGUGAAUAUAUAAAUGUGAUAGAAAAAAUAAAUUCAUCCGUACUC